AUGACCGGACAAAGGGUCGAAACAUGCAAGCGGACAUUCUGGAGGUGUUGUGUGCUAGCACUGUUGCAUGCCACCACCGUGGCCAACGCAGAGGUUGCUGGCCGAUCCAGGGAAAUCCGCGACGAAAUGAACAAUGUGAUUGGUGUUGAGAUGGACUACGGCGAAGCCGACGAAGUCGAGGGCCGGCGACUGGAAGAGAUCUGUUCCAGCGUGAAGCCUGAUACCUGGUUUUGCUCCGGCACAAUGCAAACUCUGUGUUGCUACAGUCACAGUGUUCUUCGCCCUUGCAGACGUGUGCACUGCGGCGAGCUCCUGCACGGGCUGAAAGCUAAUAGCUUGUUUCGUCGUUUGCAGCCUGCAAAGCCGAUCAGACCUGCCAUGGAGGAACCGCUUCUGAAGCUGGCUCUGCACGACGUAACAGCCGCGUUUUUGGUGCUACGGCUUCUACCUCCCCGGACCUGGUGGCAGCUGCGUGCUCUGUCGGCUGAGUGGAGGCAGCUUCUUGAUGAUCAUGCUGAAAGCUGUACUGACAGGUCAACAAGAUCACAAAUGUUUGGUGAGAUGGGGCGCGGCUGCUUGGGCUUAGUUAAGCUACUCGUGGAGGCCUCGGGGCCGUUACGGACUGCCAAUGAAGAGGUGGACUUUGCAGGUUGUAUCUACAGGGCUGUGCACUAUGGCAGCGUGGGUCCGCUACAACAGCUGCUUCGACCUCUCGCAGCCGAGUCUUUCGCACGUCGGACCUUCGCCGUCGCUGUUCUUCGUGAGGCUCUGGUGCAAGCGGCAGUUGCAGGUGAUGCAGCAGCGUGCCGUGCGGUAUUGCAGGAACACGGCCCAAACUCAGCCGCUGCACUCUCGCGAAGAUUGGGCACCGAUGAUGCUCUCACAGCACUAAAGGCCGCUUCUGAUUGGCAUCUCAUGAGUCCCGGUGAGGUCUCAGAGCUGAGGCGCCAGGCAGUGGAUGAGGUGCUGAAAGCGGUGUUCUGA